AUGGGUACCAUACUCCAUACUACCCGUUCACGUGAUCGCACUUCCGCCACUAUGGAACGACUUCUGCAGCUGUUUCUGAGCCUUCUAACGAUAGUCGUCGUCUCCGGCAUUACCUGCACCCAACUGAACAGCCGCAAUCACUGUAUUCACAAGGGUCCUUAUGAGAGAAAUUGGGAAAUGUCAGAGGCAUACUGUGAAUCCCGAAGUGGUCACCUCACAUCCAUACAUAAUCAGAAAGACAUCGCUGCGAUUAAAGGUAAGUGCAAUAGAGAUGUACUGCGAACCUCAUAG